CACCUUACACUUCUCACACCUCUUUUAUGACUUAUUUCACUGCAUCACUGUUGUUGUCAGAUGUGUAUGCUAGCUGUUGCUGUUGCAGGAUCCGGAUGGUAUGAGUUGUGUGUUGCAGGACUUCGAGAUAGCGGGCAGCAGGACGGGGGCCCUAAGCGGAGCUUCCGAAUGUGCGGGAGGUUGUGAGUGCGAAUCGCCCCUCGGUACGGUCAACUCCUGGGACUCGCACUCUCAUUACCGCCGGCACCCACCCUCGCCCGAUCUGUCGCUCUAUUCGGGGGUCAUCCUCUAUUGCGAUCACACACAGAUUAGAACGUCUACCGGAUUUUUUCGCCUGUUAUUACUGGCAACGUCGAUAGCGUGUCUGGCAUGUCUGUGUACCUCAGGAACUCUCAAAGUAGGACUAUUCAUGCUUCCGUCAGUGGGAAGAAUACGAUUCAUGAUGUUUAUAACAUUAUUAAGUAUGUUUGUAACUUGCCUUUUGCUGUUUCUUGAUAUAUCGCACAUCAUAUAUUUAUUUCCUUUUAAUUGGGGAAAAGUGAAUGCAUAUUUUUAUGUAAGCCUUAGUGUGUUGUUCCUUCUAGCUUCAAGUCUUAUAUUUCAUAUGAUUUUUUCAUUUGAAAUACCUAAAUGGACACAUCAUCAGUUGUUGGUUACUGGGUGCUUGGGAUACGUAUGCAGCCUAGAAUCCGCCGUAAUAUCAGUGAUCCAGAAAUGCCACAUGGCGCAGUACGAGCCGGUCGAAGAGGAUUUAAGUUUUCAUCUGCAGGAGAGGCCGAUGUCCCCCAAGGAGUCACCGCAACACAAGGUGAACCAAACAACGCACAAUUACAAGCCUAUUGUUAACUACUCAGUAGUUCCGUCGACAUCUAAACAGGAUCCAAUAAAUUAUUUAGACGAUAUACAGCCUUGUUCGUCCAAAUCGGAUUCGUAUAGAGUAGCAUGAUGACUGAAGGUUUUACUUCGGUUAGAUAGUAUUGUUUUUAUCGUAUUUACUGAUACAGAAUGAACAUGUCACAAAAUAAUUGGGCGUAUAUUGAUCGAAAAUUAGUUUACGGCUGAAAUUUGAAGUAAAUGAUGUAGGAAUUUUGUUCUUCAUUACUGAUUUUUCUUCUCGAAUACUUAUGACCAUAGAAAGAUAUCGAAGUAGUUGGUCAUUCCAUUUCCUUUUCCAUUUAGUUUAGACUAUUUUUAAGUAUCACUUUCGCACAUAAACUUUGAAUGGUUUAUGAUAUUUAAUAUUUUGCAAAUAAUGAGGUAAUUCGGGGCAGAAUGAAAUCAGAUCAGUCAGUUUAUAUUAUUCUUUCGUCGUGGAUUCUAAGAAAUUUUAAUACCGAAUAGUUAUCCUUUGAUGGAACUUUAGAUAGAUUUUAUUGCACGAGUUCAAAUUUAGAAAAAUGUAUUAAUAAAAAAGGUUUCUUAGAAUCCUUUAUUAUAUCUUUUGUAGCAACUCGAAAACUACGGGUAACUUCAAAUCAGCUAAUUUUCGAUCAACCAUUUGACCCCUGUUACAUUCCUGUUGGUGCAAAUAGUUUGAAGCAGUACCUUUCAAAACUUUUUUACAAAAAGUGUGUGAUAGAAAUACAUUUUGAAACAACUUAGCAUUUUUAUAAUAUUUAAAUUAAAUAAUAAAUAGUAGGUUAUAUUCACAACCAAGUUUAUUGGUACAAAUUUCCCGAAAUCCCAGUUACGUUACUGGGAGUCUAUCUAGUUUUUGUUUUGUUGCUUUUAUUUAUUAUGUAAGACACGUGAGAUCUUAGAUUUUGAUGUUUAAUAAUUGGUCAUUGAUUAAAAACGGCGUGAUUCGAUAUAAUCUGGGUUGUUCGCAUAUUUGGUCUAUUUUAAAUUUUUU